AUGGCGAAACCCCGCAAGUCCAAGCGCCAGCUGCAGCGCGACGAGCGCCGCAAGAAGAAGCGUGAUCUCGAGAUCAUCGACGGCGAUGUCGCGGACAACUACGGCGGCGUCAACAGCACCGCGAACGGCCCGGCCCCAAACGACGAGCCCGCACCCAAGCGGCGCCGCAGAGACAAGGUGCACGCCAGUGCGUCCGGUGCCAACAACACACCGCUCGCGGCCCGCGGUGAUGGCGCUCUCUUCUUUGACGAUGUCGACGGCAACGAACCCGUGAACAUGCCUGCGGGGGAACCGGGCGACGCCGAGAGGAAGCGGAAGAGAGAGGAUAGGGAGGCAGGCGGCGAUGACGACUUUGCCUACGACUACAAUGACCACAAUGACUACAGCGGUGGCGCUGCAGACGAGGGCGCUCUUGGCGAGACCGAGUUCUUUGGCCUGCUCACCGACAGCGAACACGAGUACUUUCGCCGCGCCGACGAGCUGCUCGAGCUCAACGACUUUUCCGGCGGCGACGAGGAGCGCCGCGUGUUUAUUGCCAAUGUGUUCCGCGAGGCGCGCGGCAAAGAGCUCAAGGUCGCCAGCAGCCAGUCGUGCUCGCGGCUCAUGGAGCGGCUGAUCCAGGUGGCGACGGUGCGGCAAAAGAAGCGGCUCUUUGCGGCGUUCCGGGGCCACAUCCUGACGCUCGUGUCGCACCGUUUCUCGAGCCACUGCUGCGAGCAGCUGUUUCUGCAGUCGGCGCCGUGGGUGGGCCGUGACGACGACACGGAGGCCGAGGGGGAGGACGCGGACGAGGUCGAGGCGGCGGAGGAGGGCGACGCCGAGCUGCCGUCGCUCGAAGAGAGCUUCUUGUUUGUCUUGGACGAGCUCGAGGCGAGCCUGGGCGCGCUGCUGGUGCACCGCUUCGCGUCGCACACGCUGCGCGUGCUGCUCGUCGUCUUGGCCGGGCGGCCGCUCGACGGCCUGGCCACACAGACGCUGCUGCGCAGCAAGCGCAAGGAGAACGUGCGCGUGGGCGCCUAUGCGCAGACCGUCGCGGGCCCUCAGCAGACCAACAGCGACGACGCCGCUGCAGACGCUCCGACAGCGGCCGCCCGCGUCGUGCCCGCGUCGUUUACGUUCGCCAUGCAGAAGAUCCUCGGCGACGUCAGCCUGGCCAUCGACGGACCGCUGCUCAGCGUCCUGCCCACGCACCCGACCGGCAACCCGUCGCUGCAGCUGCUGCUGGAGCUCGACAUGGCCGAGAAGAAGGAGACCAAGGGCAAGACGUCCAAGGCGGGCGAGGCGGGCGAGGCGGGCGAGGCGGGCGAGGCGGGCGAGGCGGGCGCGGCGGCAGCACCUCCCUCCAUAUCCCUGCUAGAGCGUCUGCUCCCGGGUGCCCCCGGCUCUCUGUCCGAACAAGGCAGCCAGGCGUCGACUCUCGUCCGCACCCUCAUCUACGACCCGAUUGGUUCGCGCCUGCUCGAGACGCUGGUCGUCCACUGCCCCGGCAAGCUGUUCAAGGCACUCUACAACAGCAUGUUUGCCUAUUCGGCCGCGUCCAAGGACGCCGACACAAACGAACCCCUCCGCCCCAUGGCUGUCUUCCUCCGCAACGACAUUGCCUGCUACCCGUCCAUGCGUGUCCUUGAGCGCCUCGGCCGUGAUGACCUGACGAGCGUCGUCCAGCACCAGGUCCUGCAAUUGCAGGCCGACGGCACGCCGGCGCCGCCGCCCGAAUCCAACGGUGGCCGCACCACGCCGCCCCGCACCGUCGUCGGCCAGCUUGUCGACCGCGGCCGCUUCAAUGUCGUGCGCACCCUCUUUGAGCGCUGCGCCGCCCGCGGCGUCGACAGCCGCACCGUGCAGCAUCUGGUGAAUGCGCUGCAGGCCGCCGUGGGCGGCGGCCGUCUCGCGCCCGGCCAGCUCGUCAAGCUGUGCCUGCCCGACGAGGCGGAUGCAGACGCACCGGAGCAGCGGCCAACGCGGCCGCCUAAGCACGGCCGACGGACGGCUGCCGCCACCACCGCCGCCCACGUCUGCCACCUGCUGUGCGCCAUGCUCGCCAUCCCCGGCGGGCCGGCCUCGGCCGUCCAGGCCGCGCUGCUGGACACGGACGGCGACCGGCUGGUCGCCCUCGCCACGGGCGCGCCGUCGGGCGCCCGCGUCCUGGUGGCGGCGCUGCAGUCGACGCCCUCGCUGCGCGGCGCGGCGGCGCGCAUCCCGCUCAACAAGCAGCUGGUCGCGCGCCUGGCGCCGCACUGCAUGACCCUGGCGACGUCGCCGGCGGGGCACGUCGUGCUGGUGGCCAUUGUGCAGACGCCGUCGCGGACGGGUCCGUCGUCAUCAUCGUCGGGGCCGGCCGCCGCUGCCGCCGCCGCCGGCCCUGUCGUUCCCCCGUCCACGGCCGAGUCGGCCGCACUCUCCCUCCCCUUCCAUCUCAAGGACACGCUCAUCGCGCAACUGGCGGCCCACGAGGACGAGCUCCGCCAGAGCUGGUGCGGGCGUGCCGUGUGGCGCGCGUGGAAGGGCGACCUGUGGCGCACGCGGCGCAGCGAGUGGGUGCACUUUGCCAAGGCGGGCGAGCCUGAGGGCCUGAAGCUGUCGGUGGCCCCGAUGCGCAAGGAGGAGCGGCUGGAGCGGGAGCGGCAGGAGCGUCUGGCGCGCGAGAAGGAGCAGCAGGAGACGGUGCGGGGGCAGGCGGAGACGAAGACGGACAAGAGAAGCGACAAGAAGGGGAAGCCGGUUGAGGUGAAGCCAGCCCGGGUAAAGGCCGUGGAGGUCGAGGACAAGAUGGAUGUUGACGAAGAGGACGAGGAGCAGGAAGAGCAGGAGGAGCAGGAGGAGGAAGAGGAAGAGGGCGAGGCCGCGGCCGUGGUUGAUGGCUCCGCAAAGAAGGCAAAGAAGGAUGCGAAGAAGGCCAAGAGGGAAGAGAAGAAGGCCAAGAAAGCGAUGAAGAAGGAGAAGCGCGAAAAAGGGAAGAAGGAGAAACGAGAGAAGCGCAAGGCGGAGAAGGCGGACAAGGUUGAAAGACGGGUUAGUGGUCUGAACGGGGAGGUCGAGGGUGCCGAAAAUGUGGACGAUGCGGCUGAUGCAGACGGUGCAGACGAUGCAGACCGAGCGGACGAUGCGGACGAGGACAAGGCUGUCGGUGACACCCCUGGCGGUGAGGUCCGACGCGCCAAGAAGCGCAAGGAGGCCCCGUACCAGGUCCACGCGAAACGCGCGCGCAAAAAGGCCGAGAAGGUCGAGCGCCGGGCCGAGAAGGACAAGCGCGCCGCCGAGAUGAAGGCGCAGCGCAAAAUGGAGCUCGAGGCUUACGGCGACGGCGACAAGUACGAGCGAGGACGCAAGCUGCGCGCAUGGAAGCGGUACCAGCGCGAGCGGCAGGCGGAGCGGGAGCGGGACAACGACGCGGCCGUGGCGGCGUGGCAGAAGACAAGGGAGCAGUGA